CUACUUCACGGCGGCGACUCUGCAACUCGAUCUAUCGUUUUUCGCCGGAGCACCGAUCACUUCUACCGGAAAAUAUGGGAAAAGAUAUCGAACAGUCGGAAGCCAGCGGAGGAGAUCUGGUGGAGGCGGAAUUUGCUGUGUGGAAGAAGAACACUCCGUUUCUAUACGAUCUCGUCAUUUCUCAUCCUCUAGAAUGGCCAUCUCUUACUGUCCAAUGGCUUCCUUCUCCUCCCAAACCCUACGAUGACGGUUCCUUCUCUAUCCACAAGAUGAUUCUCGGGACUCACACUUCAGAUGAUGCCCCCAAUUUCCUUAUGGUCGCCGACGUACAUAUCCCCUGUAACUCCGCUAUCCAAUCUGUUAACACUGAUAAUCUUUCCGUCCCAAAGGUGGAGAUUAUACAGAAGAUACGUGUGGAUGGAGAACUAAACAGAGCUCGGUGUAUGCCUCAGAAUCCAUCUCUUGUUGCAGGAAAGACUAAUGGUUGUGAAGUAUUUGUGUUUGACUGUAGUAAGCACCAACUUGUAUACGAUGGGAGCCCUUGCAAUCCUGACUUGAGAUUAAAGGGUCACGAUCAAGAAGGGUUUGGUUUAUCAUGGAGUCCAUUUAAAGAGGGUCAUCUUUUGAGUGGAUCAAAUGAUCGUAGGAUUUGCUUAUGGGAUGUGUCUGCCAUGCCACAAGAUAAAGUGUUGAAUGCUAAGAAUGUUUAUGAGGCACACAAAGAUGUUGUUGGAGAUGUAUCGUGGAACUUGAAAAAUGAAAAUAUUUUUGGUUCUGUGGGUGAUGAUGGAAGUCUAAUUAUUUGGGACCUUCGUACAAGCACCCCCCAGCAAUCUGUUCAAGCCCAUGAGAAAGAGGUCAACUACCUGUCCUUUAACUCAUAUAAUGAGUGGGUUGUGGCUACGGCAUCAUCAGAUGCUACAGUUGGUCUUUUUGACAUAAGAAAGCUGACAUCCCCCUUGCAUGUGAUGAGCGGUCACACUGAAGAAGUAUUCCAGGUGGAAUGGGAUCCUAACCAUGAAACUGUUCUGGCAUCCUCUGCUGAUGAUAGAAGAUUAAUUGUGUGGGACAUCAAUAGGAUUGGGGAUGAACAGCUGGAAGGAGAAGCUGAAGAUGGAGUGUCGGAACUUCUAUUUUCACACGGAGGGCAUAAAGCAAAAAUAUCAGAUUUCUCGUGGAAUAAGAAUGAGGCAUGGGUAAUUUCAAGUGUUGCAGAAGACAACGCUCUUCAAGUCUGGCAAAUGGCCGAAAGCAUUUACCAUGAUGAUGCUGUGGAAUAAUAAUCUGUUGUCUAGUAUGUUGAUGAUCUUGAAACUCUUGUUACUCAGCUUUGCAGGUUGGUUGUGUUGUUUAGUUUGAAAAGAAGACCAAAAAUUAAAAACAAGAUUUUGGGUUAUAAAAUGCUUUUUUGUUGAGAAAACUGAACCAUAUUUAAUUC